AUGAUAGGGAGUGAUGGGUAUGAUAAUUAUCAAGCUCCAACCGAUCUAAACAAUAAAGUUGAUCAUCAAUUAUUUUUGCGAAGAUUAUGGGUAAAGGGUGAUUUGAAUUUCAUAGCAAGUCCACAAAUAAAUUCUACUUUGAAAUGUAUUGAAAAUGUCAAGAACGUUCGUUACUUAAAUGAUAAUGCAUUUGUUUCUAUUGAAAGGAAAUUUUAUGAACUCAAUAACUUAGGACAAUAUAAAGAUCCAAAUUUGAUUGAAAAUAGGGUAAUGAUGUACACAAACGACUUGUAUCACCAACAACAACCACAAGAUUCUCCAAAAGACAUAGUCCCAUCAAAUCUUCAACACAAAAUAUAUUUCAAAUUAACAUCGAUAGAUCUACUUAAGUAUAGUAUGUUAACUUAUAAUUUACAUAAAAUUCAUUAUGACUACAAAUACAGUAAUUGUAUUGAAAAUCUACCAAAUUUAUUAGUUCAUGGUCCUUUUCAAAUUACAUUGUUAUUGUAUUAUUUUCAGUGUAAAUAUCCAAAUCAAGUGAUCAAAAGUUUUACUUACAGAACUUUUAAUCCUUGUUUUUGUAAUACUGAAGUUGGAAUUGCUAUUAACGAAUUAGACACUUUGAAAGAGCAGAAAGGAUCAAAUGAAGAGAAAUACGAAUUGAGUCUUGUUAGUGCUGACUCGAAAACUGUAUAUAUGAAAGGUACUUUGUUAUGUUGUAAAACUUAG